AGAGGCUUGAAUCAUAAGAGGCUUUUAAUAAGGCAGGAGAGGAGAGAGUGGGAGAAAAGGGGAAGGAAGCCAUAGGCGACCAAAGCCUUGUCUCAGAGCCCAGGCAAAGGCGCCUCUCUUGGCCCAGAGGGGGAGAGCCAAGGCCCAGGCUGCCAUGGCGGCAGGGGCUGCCCCAGAAGAACGCCCUGACGCAUGUGAUGUGCUGAUUGUAUAUGGGAAAGAUGCUAGUGACUGGUGUCAGUAUCUUCAGAGCCUCUUCCACUCAUGCCAGGAAGUCCAAAGCUAUCAAGUGGAGACCGGGACUGCUAUUUCCAUGGAGGAUCUUGACUUCUUCAAUCGCAGCAAGUGUAUUAUUAUUUUACUGUCAUCUGAACUGGUACAGAACUUCUAUAUCCCUGCUGUCCUUCAAAGCCUACAGAAUGUUCUUCAGCCACCACAUAAAGUGGUGAAGCUGUUCUGUGACGUUUCAGAAUGUGAGACUUGCAAAGAGUUUUUUGAAGACUGGUCCCAGUGGAAGCAGCUUACCUACGAUGAUGACUCUGAUGUCUACAUAGCAGCUGUCAUGAAAGCUAUUUCUGAAGGAGAUUCUGGUUGUGACUCAGUGACUGAUGCAGAGGUGGAAGAUGACAGAGACCUACACAAUUCAUGUAAUAUUACAACGAACCGGCAGCAUCGGACCAGACUAGGAAGCCUAGUUGCAGUGCAGCCAGAUCGCAUACGCUGUGGGGUGCAGACAACAGUUUACAUGAUCUUAAAAUGCAAGCUUGAUAGCCAAGUAAAAAUGGAAGUGGAAUUUUCCUCUGACAGCCAUCAGCCAGUGCGAGUACAGGCUAAGAUGGAGAAUGAAUAUACAGUCUCAGUUUGCACGCCUCAAUUACCACCUGGAACUGCGUGUCUGCGGUUAUUUUCUGGUGAUUUAAUGAUAGUUGAAGCAAGUGUCAGCUAUUACACUGAUAUGGAGGAAAUUAGCAACUUGUUGGCUGCAGUCGCAAAUCCAGUGGAAUUCAUGUGUCAGGCGUUUAAAAUAGUACCUUACAACACAGAAGCUCUGGACAAAAUUCUGACAGAAUCAUUGAAAAAGAACCUUCCAGCAUGUGGUUUGCAUCUCUUAGGGAUCAACCAGCUAGAGGAAGAAAACAUUACUAGCCAAAGGGAUGAAGAACUGCCCACACUUCUGCAUUUUUCUGCAAAAUAUGGACUGAAGAACCUUACUGCUCUUUUGCUUACAUGCCCAGGAGCCCUACAGGCCUAUAGUGUUGCCAACAAGCAUGGUUGGUAUCCUAACAACCUUGCAGAGAAACAUGGAUUCAAAGAUCUACGGCAGUUUAUUGAUGAAUAUGUGGAGACUGCAGACAUGCUGAAAAGUCACAUAAAAGAAGAGCUGAUGCAGGGAAAAGAAGAUGGUUCUGUUUAUGAAUCCAUGGCUCACCUCUCUACAGAUCUGUUGAUGAAGUGUUCUCUGAAUCCUGGCUGUGAUGAAGAGCUCUAUGAAUCCAUGGCUGGCACGUUUCCCAGUGCCACAGAGGAUUUGUAUGUAGAAAUGCUUCAGUCAGAUGCUAAUAACUCCUUUUCACAAACACCAAAGGACUACAUGAUGCGCAAGUUCUUAGAAGGUGUGAGUGCAGAUGUGCCGGAACCAAAAGAGGAUAUAUAUCAUAAAUGUGAAGAUGAAGACGUCUACCACAAAGUGGAGCAAGACAGUUUCCCUCAAGAGCUGGUCAACAGACCUCCUGUUCCUGUUCCCAGACCUGAUCCCUCCUUGAAACAACAGGACAAACAAUCAUACAUUUACAAAGUAUUUGCAGACAAAAAUCAACUGAGACCAGGAAAUCUCUAUGUAUCUGGAGGGACGAUGAGAAAUACGGCAGCAGAUACAUCCUCAAACCAGUCUCUGGCCAGUAUAUAUGAUCCAUUUGCUGGCAUGAAAACCCCUGGCCAAAGGCAGCUAAUAACUUUACAAGAGCAAGUAAAACUGGGGAUGCUCACUGUAGAUGAAGCUGUUCUGUGUUUCAAGGAAUGGCAAUUAAACCAGAAAAGGAGAUCAGAAUCAUUUCGCUUUCAGCAGGAAAACCUACAAAGAUUGCGAGAGAGCAUCACUCGACGACAAAUAGCAAAGCAAAAGGCUGGCAAACCUGGAGAUUUGGAUAUCACUGUGCCUGUUGGACCUUCCCAGAAUAUCCCCAAGAAACCAGAAUGUAGUAUAUAUGAAUUUAGCCCUCGGAAAAAUUUCAUUCCACCAAGUAAAGAGAUAAAACGAGGGGACUGGAAAACAGAAAGUACGUCAAGCACUGCAAGUAGUUCAAGUAAUCGCUCCAGUACACGAAGUGUACUGAGUAUCAGUAGUGGGAUGGAUGGAGACAAUGAGGAUAAUGAAAUGCCAGAGGUGAAGAGAAAUUUCCGCCAUGGGACUCAGCCAGUAGAGAGGCCACCUACCUUACCACCUGGAAGGCCUCCAAGAAUACCGCCAAGAGUUGCUAGCAGGGCUCCAAGCAGUGACAGCUUCCAUGCUCCACCUGUGCCCCCAAGAGGUCGUGAAAUGCCACGCUAAAUCUUGAUAAUCAUAAAAUGUAAAUAUGGGAAUUAUGACUUUGAUUCAUAACAAUGACUUUUAAAUGGCUGUUAUGCAAGUCUCUUCAACAUAUGGUCUCCAUUCCCUCAGUGAAAUUACUUAAAA